CCUAUAUCUACCUGUGUGGUCUUGCUCCAGUGAGAGGCAGAGCAGGCCUAGAGUGACUUGCCAUGGAGAAGCACAGGAACUGGACUGGACUUGGAGAAUGCUAGGCUCCAGGACUUCUGCUCCCACAUCUGGGCUCGGGGAGGCCUGAGAAGCAGUGGGGCACAUGGGUUGUCCAGAGGUGGGAUGGAGACAAACCUCUGUCUGUGCCGAUUUUAACACAGACCAAGGACAAGUAUGAGAAGGCCCUGAAGGAACUUGAUCAGACCACACCCCAGUACAUGGAGAACAUGGAGCAGGUGUUCGAGCAGUGCCAGCAGUUUGAAGAGAAGCGCCUGCGCUUCUUCCGGGAGGUUCUGCUGGAGGUCCAGAAGCACUUGGACCUGUCCAAUGUGGCUAGCUACAAAACCAUUUACCGAGAGCUGGAACAGAGCAUCAAAGCAGCUGAUGGCUUCCGGAGGCCCUGCCUGACUGUAGCCCAGAUAGCAACAGACCUGCAAGGCUGGCCCAAUUAUGUCCUGGCUCCACCUGCCUUCUGCACAUUGAUGACCACCUGUCAGCCACUCUGGGUGUGAAGUGAGUGCUGGAAAAGAGGGUACAGAAGGCACUCCAGCCUGUAGUGCUGGCUUCCUGGUUCUGCAGCUCACAGAUGUCUGAAGAGCCUGUGCUUUUAACAGUGGUCUAGGUGUCUCGACUGCUUUCCUUAUUCCAGUAGGAACCAGCACUGUCAUCCCUGCUACCAAAGGAACUGUCUCUCAUCUCCAUGCGGCCAUCAACACACCUG